GGCGCCCCGCGGGGCUCCCGGGCGGCGGAGGCGGGAGGAGACACCCUUGGCGCCCCGCCGCCUGCUGCUCCUGCUGCUGCGUGGUGGUGCCGGAGGAUGCUCCAGAGCGGGCAGCGCCUGAGCCCGAGGCCGGAAGGCAGGGCGAGAGGCAGAGGGAGGGAUGGGCUGCGCCCCCAGCAUCCACGUCUCGCAGAGCGGCGUGAUCUACUGCCGGGACUCGGACGAGUCCACCUCCCCGCACCAGACCACCGCCGCCGCCGCCGGCCCGUCCUCGUCCUCCGCGGUGCACGGCCUCUUCGUCAAGACCGACGCGGCCGAGUCCAUCGUCCCUUCGGUGCUCGCCUACCAGAGCCGAGCCGCCCCGCAGCACCGCGGAGGAGGAGGAGGAAACAGGGGAGGAAGGGGACGCCGGUGCUGCGGCGUCGAGGUGGAGACCCAGACCAGCCAGAGCAGCCUCAAGCAGGCUUCAGCUACUGAGACAGAAAUUGGGCCCAUGAGACUGACACAAGAUCCCAUUCAGGUAUUACUGAUAUUUGCAAAAGAAGACAAACAGAGCGAUGGGUUCUGGUGGGCUUGUGACAGAGCUGGAUACAGGUGUAACAUUGCUCGGACGCCAGAAUCAGCACUUGAAUGCUUUCUUGAUAAACACCAUGAAAUAAUAGUCAUAGAUCAUAGAAACUCCAAAUACUUUGAUGCAGAAGCCAUCUGUAGGGCAAUUCGUGCUACAAAGCCUGCAGAACAUACUGUAAUACUAGGUGUUGUUCCACAAAUUCCCGCUGGCCAAGAAGAACCCUCUGUCCUUCCCCUUCUCCAUGCAGGUUUUAAUAGGAGAUUUUUGGAGAACAGCAGUAUUGUUGCUUGCUAUAAUGAACUGGUUCAGAUUGAACACGGUGAAGUACGAUCGCAGUUCAAACUACGGGCUUGUAAUUCAGUUUUCACAGCACUAGAACACUGUCAUGAAGCCAUAGAAAUAACUAGUGAAGAUCAUGUAAUUCAGUAUGUUAACCCAGCCUUUGAGCGGAUGAUGGGCUACCAAAAGGGAGAACUGAUAGGGAAGGAGCUAACUGAGCUUCCAAAAAGUGACAAAAAUCGUGCAGACUUGCUGGACACAAUCAACACAUGCAUCAAAAGAGGAAAAGAGUGGCAAGGAGUUUAUUAUGCACGAAGAAAAUCUGGAGAUAAUAUUCAGCAACAUGUGAAAAUAACACCCGUCACUGGCCAAGGAGGGAAAAUCCGACAUUUUGUGUCAAUCAAGAAAUUGUGCUGUACCAAUGAUAGCAACAAGCAGACUUACAGGACCCAUCAUGAUGAGAAGUGUGCAGGAGACCAGUUUCGCUCAGAAUCUCACUCCUUCAGAUGCAAGAACAGGAGGAAAGAGUCUGGUGAUGUCAAAUCAAUAACCUCUAGAAGUAGUGAUGCCCCAAGUUUACAGAAUCGGCGGUAUUCAUCAAUGGCAAGAAUCCACUCUAUGACAAUAGAAGCCCCAAUCACAAAGGUCAUUAAUAUUAUCAAUUCAGCUCAAGAAAAUAGCCCCGUAACUGUAGCAGAGGCCUUGGAUAGGGUUUUGGAAAUCUUGCGGACAACAGAACUUUAUUCCCCUCAACUCGGUACCAAAGAUGAAGAUCCUCACACUAGUGAUCUUGUUGGAGGGCUCAUGACUGAUGGCUUGAGAAGGCUGUCAGGAAAUGAAUACGUAUUUUCUAAAAAUACAAACCAGAGCCAUGGUCACCUUUCAGUGCCAGUUACUAUCAAUGAUGUCCCGCCCUGCAUUGCACGCUUACUGGAGAAUGAAGAGAGCUGGGACUUCAAUAUUUUUGAAUUGGAAGCUGUUACAAAUAAAAGGCCACUGGUUUACCUGGGUUUGAAAAUCUUUGCCCGCUUUGGUGUCUGUGAAUUUUUAAACUGUUCAGAAGCAACCCUAAGAGCCUGGUUCCAAGUGAUCGAAGCCAACUACCACUCCUCCAAUUCCUACCACAACUCCAGUCACGCAGCUGAUGUCUUACAUGCUACUGCAUUCUUUCUGGGGAAAGAGAGAGUUAAGGGAAGCCUUGGUCUUUUAGAUGAAGUGGCUGCUUUAAUAGCUGCAACGAUUCAUGAUGUGGAUCAUCCGGGACGGACCAACUCUUUUCUGUGCAAUGCAGGCAGUGAGCUGGCUGUUUUAUACAAUGACACGGCCGUAUUGGAGAGCCAUCACACCGCUCUGGCUUUCCAGCUGACAACAAAAGACAACAAGUGCAACGUUUUUAAGAAUCUCAACAGAAAUCAUUAUCGAACGCUUCGCCAGGCAAUUAUUGACAUGGUUUUGGCAACAGAAAUGACCAAACAUUUUGAACAUGUAAACAAAUUUGUGAACAGCAUCACUAAGCCUAUGGCCUCGGAAGAAACCAAUGCCAAUAAUGAUAGCAGUGACUGCGAAUGUGCCACCAGUCUCAAGAACUUUCCGGAUAACCAGACAUUGAUCAAACGUAUGAUGAUUAAAUGUGCAGAUGUUGCAAAUCCAUGUCGUCCUCUAGAAUUGUGCAUUGAAUGGGCAGGGAGAAUUUCUGAAGAAUAUUUUGCACAGACUGAUGAGGAGAAGCGACAGGGACUACCAGUAGUUAUGCCAGUAUUUGAUCGAAACACCUGUAGUAUCCCCAAGUCUCAAAUAUCCUUCAUAGAGUAUUUCAUAAUGGACAUGUUUGAUGCUUGGGAUGCAUUUGCACAUAUACCUGUUCUGAUGCAACACUUGGCAAAUAACUACAAACACUGGAAAACAUUAGAUGAGUCAAAGUGUCGGAGUCUCCAGCUUCCUUCAGAGAAUAAUAAUGGAAGCUGAAAGAACAAUAUGGAACAUCAUAGCAUUCCACUCACACUGUGAACCAUUUACUGGUAUGGACCCAAAAGAAGUAGACUUUCCUUCAUAAACAAGCCAACGAAGAAAGGAAAGUUAUUGCUUAACUUCAGGAUGGUUCAAAGUUCUACAAAAAUUGUUUUUAUACAGGUGAUAAUCUAGAGACCAAUAAAUGCUUUAUAAAGCUAUCCUCUUUUGUGGCACAAUAGAUCCUUUUAAAAGUAGUUUUGUAAAAAAUGUUAUAAUUUGUCAAAUUGACAAAAAGAGUACAUUUUGUUUGCAGGUCAAAAUUGAUUAUACAUAUGAAUCCCAUAUGAGGGUGUCGUGCUAAGGAAAACUAGCUUCUUUGGAAUAAAAACCAACUAUUUAAGGAAAGCCUUGUUUACAGCAACUAUCCUUUAUAUGGUGCAAGAACUUUUAAGAGAACAGAACAAGGAACAUGAGAAAACCAGCAAAUUCAGCUGUGCUUUAGUGGAGUAAAAUGACUGUUUAAAGAGCAAUCUUUUACUCAAACCUAGCUUCAGUCCUGUCAGAGAAUACUGUCAGCUGUUUUUUCCUUCAGUCAUUAGUUGUGUUCAAACAUUGUUCAAUUUCAGAGAAGCACAGUUGCCGUGACCCAAAUGUGUCAAUGAGUCCCAGUUUCCCCAGUUUCUUCAAUGGGCUUCAAUGUCAAAGUGGGCAGUCUAUGUGCAUAUACACAGCUAGCCUUUGUCAUAAAUUGGGGACACUGUGGUUUCCAUGCACAAAGAUUCCUUGGAUCUGUUUUGCUUGUUUAACCAGCAUUUAUCUGAAAGGAACACUGGAGAGUAAAUUGAUACUUUCUUCUGCCUUCAAACAGCUGACAGUGAGCCAUAUUGUGAAGACAUCUCAAGGGAAGGACUAGCACCCUCCUGGCCCUCAAAAAAUCUCGCUUAAAUCCAGUAUGAUGUUCACCGUAGUGCCAUAAUUCUUGACCCUCUGCAGCCCUUGUUGGAAUUAAAAAGCUAUUCUGGAGCUCCUCACCUCUGGAGCAGGUUUUGAGGUUUUUAUGGGGGAGGAUUGUUUCCUGUCACUUGCAUUCAUGGAAGAUGCUUCCGGAAUCACAGAGACUGUAUUGCAUAGGAGUCUUUGUUUGCCACAGCAGCAGCAGCACUAGAGUCCGUCUCUGUAUUGAUAAGCAGUUAAAGGUGUCCACUUGAAUAUUAAAAAUGGAGAUAGCUGCAGCAGGUCUAAGAAAGUCUGUAUUAAAUAUUUUAUAUGUGAGCCAUACAAUGGAACCCUACUUUUAUUUUUAAGUGUAUAUAUUACACACAAACAUAAACUAGCCAUAUUCAGAAAGAUCUCUGAAUCCACAGCUGUGCAGAGAUCUCCUCUUAACUUUUCUAGAUGGGAGAUAGAUGCUCAUGCACCGUGUUUCCCCAACAGAGGAUAGGAAUCCCCCUGUGCCUUGAUAACCUGGACUAUCACCAUUGUUAAAGUAGUCUUAAGACACUGACCAUAACAUUAAGAAAACAAGGCCAUGUAUAUUCUAAACCCAGAGUUCUGCUUUAUUAAAAGAAAAACCACUGUGAAAACUUUGCAUCAAUACUCUUGCAAGAUCCAAAUAAAAAUAGAAUAAAUAAUCCAGUCCUAAUAAAACCCAUUAUAACUGUGGUAAAGAAAUUGAAUGCAGAAAGUUCUACCAGACGUAUGACAUUUUUGUUUCAGCUGCCAAAGCACAAAUGUCUUCAUGCUCACUGUAACCACACUUGGGGACUGCCCUGUACAAACCACAAACUGAAUGAGUGUUGUGCCUUUAUGCAACUGCCAUUCACUGCAAUAGGGCUCUCACAGGAGUUAUUUCUCACAAAUUCUGCUGUUUCCCCGAGAAGUAUGAAUUGAGCUUAGGACCAGCAUUAGAUUAGACAAUUAGACAUUAGAUUAGACAAUCACCAAUUAUCAGUUGUUACCCACAAAGACUUUCUAAUUAUUUGACUGAUAUUUAACACCGUACAUUAGAAGAGGCUCUUCAAAUAGUGAAAUGUACAUAAUUUUGCAUCAAGUAUUACACUGCCCAUUACAAAGGACAAGACUUUUACGUUUUGUAGUCCAGGUUGGUUAACCAGGUGAAGCAAACUUCUGGAAAAAAAUUGACAAUGAUUGUAGCUUACAUAAUGUGCCAACAUUUUUUUCAAUGUUUUGUAUCAAUUUAUGUAAAAUAAUGUAAAACAUUCAUAAUUUCCAUGCAGAGAAAUGUAUAUAAGCUAUAUUUUUGUUAAAUUUUAACAAUUUACAUUGCUAUGUAUUAUAAUGCCACACUGUGCUGUUUCAAUUAUAGUGGUUCACUGCGAUAUUCUUAAUUUCUGAUAUGUACUACCAUCAAGGCCUAUAUCUGAUUAAAUUUUAAUUUAAUUUUUAUUCA